AAGUGCCAAAAGAAUAAUUUCUCCUUUGCCGGAGUUAUUCGCACAUUCCGAGUUAAGAUCUCAUCUCCAUCAUCUUCUCCUCCACUGAAACAAUCCAACUCCCAUGGCUCUUGUCUUCCAGACCCUACCUUCGAUUUCCAACUCUCCUCCAUUCUCUUUCCAAAUCCUGCGCAAUCCCAACUUCGUUGACCAUAUUUCACUCUCCCGCCGUCCAUUGAUUCUUCCUCCGGCAUCCACAUCUGCCGCUGCGCUGGCCCUGUCGCCUGUGAGCAGAGCGAAGCCAAAGGAGCUUGUCCUUUCAAAUUCGUCGGCGCAGGUCGAGAAGGGCAAGUACAGCUACGAGGUGGAAACCCUAAUAAACAAACUCAGCAGUCUCCCUCCACGCGGAAGCAUUGCCCGGUGCCUCGAGACAUUCCGCGGCCGCGUCUCCCUCUCCGACUUCGCUCUCGUAUUCCGUGAGUUUGCCCGCCGCAGUGACUGGCAGCGCUCCCUCCGCCUCUUCAAGUACAUGCAGCGCCAGCUCUGGUGUCGCCCAGAUGAGCAUAUUCACGCUAUCCUUAUCGGCGUUCUCGGCCGCGAGUCCCUCCUUGAUAAAGCCCGUGAGGUGUUCGACGAUAUGCCUGCCCAUUCCGUUCCCCGCACUGUCCUAUCCUAUACCGCAGUAAUCAAUGCCUAUGCCCGCAAUGGACGCCAUGAAUCCGCCCUUGACCUCCUUGCCCAGAUGAAGGCUGAGCGCGUUUCUCCCUCUGUGCUCACUUACAACACUGUCCUCAAUGCCUGCUCUAGGGCGAAUCUAUCGUGGGAUGCUCUUCUGAGCCUGUUUGCUGAAAUGCGGCAUGCUGGGAUUCAUCCUGACAUUUUUACUUAUAACACUCUGAUUGCUGCUGCAGGGGCAAGGAGGCUUGCCGAGCAGGCGGAGAUGGUGCUAAGGACAAUGCUUGACGCGGGCGUUAACCCUGACAAUUCCACACAUGCAUAUCUCGUUGAUACAUUUUGGAAGCUCGGCCGGCUUGGACGGGUGUCUGAUCUCCUUGCAGAGAUGGAAGCUGGCGGCCAUCUCCCAGAUGCUGCAGCCUACAAUGUGCUAAUGGAGGCUCAUGCACGUGAUGGUGAGGUGAAAGAGGCAAUGGCUGUGUUGCGGCAAAUGCAAGCAGCUGGUUGCAAUCCUACCGCUGCCACCUACAGCAUCCUGCUUAAUCUUUAUGGUCGCAAUGGGCAGUAUGAAAAUGUGCGGGAACUUUUCCUGGAAAUGAAGGUUGGAAAUACUGAGCCUGAUGCCUCCACCUACAAUAUUCUCAUUCAGGUUUUUGGAGAAGGAGGAUAUCUUAAGGAGGUGAUUACUUUGUUCUAUGACAUGAUUGAGGAGAAGGUGGAGCCAAACAUGAAAACUUAUGAAAACCUCGUUUUAGCUUGUGGUAAGGGCGGCCUUCAUGAAGAUGCAAAAUUUAUUCUCUCGCAUAUGAACAGCAAGGAAGUUGUGCCUAGUUCCAAGACUUACACAGGUGUUGUCGAAGCUUAUGGACAGGCGGCUCUGUAUGAGGAAGCUCUUGUAGCCUUCAAUACAAUGAAUGAGAUUGGUUGUGUGCCUACAGUUGAAACAUAUAAUUCCCUUAUUUUUUCAUUUGCAAGAGGUGGGCUGUUCAAGGAAGCAGAGGCAACGAUGACGCGCAUGAAUGGUGUUGGGAUUCAAAGAAAUGAGGAUUCUUUUAAUGGUCUAGUUGAAGCAUAUUGCCAGGGUGGGCAGUUUGAGGACGCUGUGAAAACAUACGUUGAAAUGCAGAAUUCUAGUUGCAAUCCUAACGAAAGGACCCUUGAGGCACUUCUUAAUGUUUACUGUACUGCAGGGCUUGUUGAUCAAAGCAGAGAGCAUUUUCUGGAAAUCCAGUCAGCUGGAAUCAUGCCUAGUGUUAUAGCACAUUGCAUGUUGCUGUCCGUGUUAGCCAAGAAUGACAGGUGGGAUGAUGCAUAUGAACUUCUUAAUGAAAUGAAAUCAAACAGGGUUUCGAAUGUUCAUCAAGUGAUCAGCUUAUUGAUCAAGGGUGAUUAUGAUGAUGAAUCUAACUGGCAAAUGGUGGAAUAUGUUUUUGACAAAUACAACUCUGCUGGCUGUAGUUUGGGUUUAAGAUUCUACAACACUCUUCUAGAUGCACUAUGGUGGUUUGGCCAGAAGGCACGUGCUGCACGUGUACUGCAUGAUGCAACAGGAAGAGGACUCUUCCCAGAGCUUUAUCGUCGAAGCAAGCUUGUGUGGUCUGCUGAUGUGCAUAGGAUGUCUGUCGGUGGUGCUCUUACAGCAGUAUCUGUUUGGCUUAAUGACCUUCAUGAAAGAUUUCAAAGUGGAGAAGAUCUUCCUCAUCUGGCAUCUGUUGUGGUGGCACGGGGAGUGAUGGAGAAAAGUACAGCAGCAAGGGCUUUGCCUGUUGCAAAGGCAGCAUAUUCAUUUCUUAGGGACAAUGUAUCUCAGUCUUUCCAUUUUCCUGGAUGGAGCAAAGGUCGAAUCGUCUGCCACAGAUCUCAGCUUAAACGGAUACUUACAAUGGUGUCAGAAGAGUCUUCAAAGGAUUCUAGCAACAUGAUAGUUCCCAUGACCAAUCUGACCUUUCCACUACCUGGAACUCAAGUAAACACUUUAGGUCUCGACGGCAAAGAACAGAGAGUCAUUGAUGAGGGACAAAGUGCCGAGAUUGAACCAGAGAUUAUGGCAACUCUAGUCUGAUUCGUAAUGAAUAAAGGCUGGAGAGUUGAAUUCAAAGCACAAAUAUAUUGAAAAAAAAAUUAUGCCUCCCAUGAUUAUUCUGAUAUAUUUUGCAUCAUAAUGGAGCUAAUUUUAUGAUGCGUGUACAUGAUAAUCUGCUCUCCCCUGAUUUCAUGUUUUUAUGUUGGUUCUUGUAAGUUUUUAUAUAAUUAUUUGUUUUUUAUUCUGCUCAUAUUAAGAUUUUUUUUUUUUUUCAUAAGAGACCCAAUUCAAAGAUCAAUAUUUCUUAACAUAGCAAACCUGUUA